AUGGCAACAACUAUGGGAGGGAGUACAGAUGCUCCGCCAUCAGAUGCAUCAACCACAAUGAUCAAAUUAACAAGUAACGAUGGGCAAACAUUCGAAGUUAGUGAAGAUUUGAUCAAACAAGCAACAACCAUUAAAGAAAUGUUCAAUGUUCUUGAUGUUGCAUCGUCAGACGUGGCCAUUCCUUUACCAAAUGUUAAAGGUUCAAUAUUAAAACCAAUCAUUGAUUUUUGUGAGCAUCAUAAAAACGAUCCACCACCAGUGGUGGAUGACGACGAUGAUGAUCCAAAUAAAGAUAUUCAUGAACCAAAACGUUCUGAUGAUAUAACUGAAUGGGAUCAAGAGUUUAUUAAACAGUUUACUGUUAAAGAAGGAACAUUAUUCGACAUUAUUAUGGCUGCUAAUUAUCUCGGUAUAAAAACGUUAUUAGCUGUUGGAUGUAAAACAAUUGCAAAUAUGGUUCGUGGAAAAUCAUCUACAGAAGUUCGUGAAAUGUUCAAUAUUUCGUACGAUCCACCAGGUCAAGGUUUAAAUGCACCAGCACAGGCUAUCGAAGGUGGUGAUUCAGGUUCAAUGCCUACAACACCUCAGCCAUCUGCAAGCUCACAACAACAAAAUGGUUUAGGUGACAGUGCACCAACUCCGGCGCCAGAUCCGAUGAACGAAUAA